AAAAUCCUAAAUUGCAAGAGCACGGUGUUAUCAUAAAAUAAAAUAAAAAUCAGAAAGGGGCAAAACUAAACCCUAGCUGUUGCUUUUACCUUUCUCACUCAUUUCUUGUGUUGUUUGGCUAUGGCGUCUCGACGAGGUGGUGUUUCUCUACCUGAAAGACCAAACAAUUCGAAGGACAAUUCAACCUUCUCCAUCACCAAGAUCUCACGCUCUCAAAUCGUUUCUUGGGGAAAGCAAACCGCAUCAGACACCUCCUUCGUCGUUAAUAAGCUUCUCAAGAGCACCGGAAAAGCUGCCUGGAUUGCCGGCACCACCUUCCUUGUUCUCGUCGUCCCUCUCAUCAUCGAGAUGGACCGCGAGCAGCAGCUUAACGACCUCGAACUUCAGCAGGCUAGCAUCCUCGGCACUCCUCCUAAGUGAUCGUCGUUUUAUCUCUUGAUUUAGGUUUUGGUUUUCGGAUAUCGAAUUUUCAUUGAUUGAGAACAGUGUUAUUCUGUUUCUAGGGUUUCUGAUUGCAAUAAUUCUAUGAUCUGUAGUUGUACCUUUUUAGGAACUUUGCAGUUAUGAGUUUUUGUGUUUUCUUACACUUGAGUAUUAAUAAUUACUAUCAUAGUUAAGUGUGGAAUGCUUGAUAUGUAAUUUGAUUUAUAUGCUGCUACUUACUAAUUUUUAUUAGAAUGCUCUAAUGCGAGUCUGCAUUAUUAUUUUGAAAAAA